AUGUCAGCGCUUUUCCUACCAGACAAGUCCUUGACGUGCAGGAUAGAAUCAACCGCCAUGUUGUAUAUUGCAAAGUACUUUCCAUCAUUACGCUACACGAUCCUUCGAGAAAAAAAAUGCCGUUUGCUAAUAAAUGAUAUAUCAGCAAUUAUGGCUCAUCGAGAAGAGUUGGAAGUCCUGAAAAACUACGGAUUCGACGCUGCAUUUGCUGAGCAGAUUGAUUUUUGUGGGAUAGGAGUGAUUAGGUACAUUGGAAUAAAAAAUCUGCUCUGGAUUUCAACUACGCCAAUUAUGGAUGCAGUAAGCUAUAACUUAGGAAUACCGGCACCACCUUCUUAUGUGCCGACGAUUGAAGAGAACGACAACAAUGAUAUUAUGACAUUCUGGCAAAGAGCUUUUAAUAUUUAUAUGUAUAUCGGAGCAAUCUUCAUACAUCGUUGGAGCACAAACAUGAUGACGGAGAUCUUUCGAAAAGUCGAUCCCGAUUUUCCAAAUAUUCGUGAGAUUGCUUCAAAUGCCAGUCUGUGUUUUGUGAAUAUCGAUGAGAUGUUCGACUUACCGAGACCGAUAAUUCAAAAAAAUGUCUACAUUGGUGGUCUAGGCGUUCAAAAACCUAAACCACUCGAUCAGAAAUUUUCCAUCUUGAUGGAGAAGGGAGAAAAAGGUGUGAUCAUCGUCUCAUUAGGUACCAUCGCGCCAUUCCAUGCAUUCAAACAAGUCACGAAAGUCGCAUUUGCCAAUGUGUUCAAAUCGAUGUUGGACUACCACUUCAUAUUGAAAAUCGAAAAAGGACGCUCUAAGGAACAACGUUCAACAAAAUUCAGAAACCUCCUGGAAAAUAGACACGAGGAAACGAAUAGAAUGCAAGACGUAUGA